CUUUGUUACUUGCUUAGUAUAUAAAGUCCCCGACAGCCAUAGUGUUGAGCUCACUCAUUCUGAUAAAGACAUCGACCAGUAACCUAGAUAAUCUCAUCUUCAACAUCUCAACUUACACAUAAACACAACCACACAAAUCCAUUACCAUGGGCCGCCACACCCUCGAAUAUCCCAAAACAAAGGACAACACCGUCCGUCGCCACAACGAGCGCGCAAUCUACGCCCUCGAGACAAUCCACCGCCUCAUCAACUCCUCCCAGCUCCUCGAUGUCUCCUUCAACCCCCCAGACUCCCCCUUCCCCGUCAUCCUCCCCAUGAUCGGCCAGAUGGGCUCCUUCGAUCGUCCCAGCGCUGACCUCGGCGACCCCAUGGACCUCUAUCUCCACGGCUACGUCUCCUCCCGCAUGAUGAACGUCGCCCGCGCCACCGACAAGGACAAGCCCGAGGGCGGCGAUAAGCAGCAAGGCCUCCCCGUCUGCAUCGCCGCCUCCCACGUCGACGCCCUCAUCCUCGCCACUUCCGCCUUCAACCACUCCUACAACUACCGCUCCGUCGUCCUCUUCGGUUACGCCACCCUCGUCGAGGAUGAAGCCGAAAAGAUGUACGCAAUGGAAAUCAUCACUAACGGCGUCGUUCACGACCGCUGGAAAACCUCCCGCCAGCCCCCCACCAAGGCCGAGAUGCAGAGCACCAGCAUCCUCAAAGUCUCAAUCACCUCGGGUAGCGCAAAGUUCCGCGACGGAGGCGUCUCCGACGACAAGCACGAUUUGCAAAAUGAGGAGGCUCAGAACUCGGUCUGGACGGGCGUGCUGCCCGUCUUCUCCAGCAUCGGCGAGCCGCUGCCGACGACGUACAACAAGGUCGAGGUUCCGGCCAAUGUGACCAACUUUAUCAAGGACUAUAAUAACGAGAAUAAAGAGUAUGUUCUUUCAGCUGUAAAGAAAUAG